GCUGCCGGCAGGGCAGUCACCGCUGCAAAACGAAAAUCCCCCCUCUCCACAGCCGUUUCCUUCCUUCACUUUCCAAUUUCCUUUCUCCUCCUCCUCAAAAAAUCAGGCACGGUUAUUUAUUUCUCUCGCCCCUCUACGCUUUCCUAAUCCGCGAGCUGGGGGUGAGAUCGAGACCUAGAGCGGCGGGGCGGGGCUAACGCGAAUGGCGGUGGAGGAGGCCGCGGAGAGCUGUGGCAGCCACGCCGCGGCCACGGCGGCGGCCGCCGCGUCCGGCGGAGGGGCGGCGGGGCCAGCGACGUCCUCCUCGUCGGCCGCCGUGGCGGCGCAGGCGCGGAAGCAGCAGCAGCAGCAGCGCCACAAGCUCGAGGUGUACACGGAGGUGCUCCGCCGCCUCCACGAGUCUGGCCUGCCCGAGGCCCGGGCGCCCGGGUUCGACGACGAGCUCUGGAACCACUUCAACCGCCUCCCCGCCCGUUACGCCAUGGAUGUGAACGUGGAGAGGGCGGAGGACGUGCUCACGCACAGGCGGCUGCUGGAGCAGGCGAGGGAUCCGGCGCAGCGCCCGGCGUUCGCGGUGCGGGCCGUGCAGGUAUCUCCAAUUCUUGAUGGGAAUCAGACUGAUGCUGAUUCGAACACUGCAGGGGAGGAAGUUGCUUCAAGAUUGUUGAACAGGCAGCAAAGCAUACACCCUCCUCCUGCUUUCGGUUCUUCUACAAAUCUUGAGGCCCUUGCUCUUGAAGUUAGCAAGUCUCAAGGCCAAGAUCAUGACAGCACCUCUGAUAAUGGUCGAUCUCUGUACAGGCCCAUGCAUGAAAUCACCUUUUCUACCAUUGACAAGCCAAAGCUUCUCAGUGAGCUGACAUCUCUGCUUGGUGAACUUGGUCUAAACAUUCAAGAAGCACAUGCAUUUUCAACAAAUGAUGGUUACUCACUCGACGUCUUUGUUGUUGUUGGUUGGCACGAUGAGGAAACAGAGGAUUUAGUAGAAGCAGUACAGAAGGAAAUUGGCAGGAUUGAAGAGACACAAGCAUGGUCUUCAUCUCAUUCAUGGUCUACCCCCGUCGAAAAUAUGCAGAUUGCUGAGAAUCCAGCAGCUGAUCGUGUUGAGAUACCAACAGAUGGUUCUAGUGAAUGGGAAAUUGAUGUAAAACUGCUCAAAUUUGGGAAUAAAGUAGCAUCAGGAUCAUAUGGUGAUCUUUACCGGGGUACAUAUUGCAGCCAAGAUGUUGCUAUUAAAGUGCUGAAACCUGAGAGAAUAAAUGCGGACAUGCAGCGGGAAUUUGCUCAGGAAGUAUAUAUUAUGAGGAAGGUCCGUCACAAGAAUGUUGUGCAAUUUAUUGGUGCUUGCACUAAACCCCCAAAUCUAUGUAUAGUCACAGAAUAUAUGUCCGGUGGUAGUGUGUAUGAUUACCUCCAUAAACAUAAAGGUGUUUUCAAACUUCCUGCUUUAGUUGGAGUUGCAAUGGAUGUGUCAAAAGGCAUGAGCUACUUACACCAGAAUAAUAUUAUUCAUCGUGAUUUGAAAACUGCCAAUCUUCUGAUGGACGAAAAUGGGACUGUUAAAGUUGCUGAUUUUGGUGUUGCACGUGUUAAAGCUCAAUCUGGAGUUAUGACUGCAGAAACUGGUACUUACCGGUGGAUGGCCCCAGAGGUCAUAGAGCACAAACCCUAUGACCACAAGGCUGAUGUUUUCAGUUUUGGAAUUUUGUUGUGGGAACUACUCACGGGGAAGAUUCCUUAUGAGUACUUGACUCCACUACAAGCAGCUGUUGGGGUGGUGCAGAAGGGUUUACGUCCUACAAUUCCAAAACAUACACAUGCAAAGCUUUGUGAGCUUCUUCAGAAAUGCUGGCAGCAGGACCCUGCUCAAAGACCAGACUUCUCUGAAAUAUUAGAAACUCUCCAGAGAAUAUCAGAGGAGGUCGGAGAUGAGCAUGAGGGGAAGCACAAGGACAAAUUAUUGGGAGGUUUCUUUUCAGCUCUGAGGGGGCGGGGCCAUUGAGACGCUGUUGAAAUGUACAUGGUUCCAGUCCAUUUUGAAGGAUCUGAGCAACAACCAGCACCAGUUCCUCGAGCUCCAGCGCCAGUACACAGAAAUAUAGACUUGCUGCAGUUGACUAAAGUGGCAAUUUUUAGCUGCAGCUAUCGUGUACCGUCUUUCUCCUUGUUACUCCUGAGUAGCAGCAUUACAUGGUGUAACAUAGGAGAGGAUAUUUGUGGGCUGUACAUUAACAGUCUGAUUUCUCUAACAGAGUGUAAUCUUGCUGUAGAUGAAAAUAAUAAGCCAGAUCCAGGCCGUGGCAUGAUUCUUUUAAGAUCCCAUCAUUUAGUUUGUUUUAUGCGUCGGUCA